GAAGUUGGUGUCGCCUCGAGUGGACGAAGCGGUGAAAUCCUCCAACUACAUGAAAAUGUCAAAAAUGGAACUUUGUCCUGCAAGAGAGGACAAGGAGAGUCAACGUGAAACUGAUUUUUCUUCUCAAAUUCUCCAAGAUGCCCAGCAGCCGAUUGGGUACCAAGAGGAAUCUAUGCCCCCACAUGUUAAGGAGGAAGCACAAGAUCCUUUGCCCUGCCAGAUUAAAGUGGAAGAGGAGGGGGGCAAUGUAACAAAGUUACCACCGACUGUUGACAUUGUGAAGAGCGAAUACGACAAAAGAGUCAAAGAAAAACUGCCCGAGUUAUCGCAGCUUCUCGGCAGCAGCUCACCACAAUGCGUGACAACAGUAGAACUUCCACCUCAACAGCAGUGGGGGAGCUCCAGCUUGGAGUGGAAGAAGCUGCAGCCCUUCCACAUGAAGGAGGAAGAGGAAAAGGCUGACGUCAACAACUUGCCACUGACUGGCGUCGAUGUGAAGAGAGAAGAUGACAUAGACGAACCGCUGGAGUGCACACAAAUUCAGCAUCGCAGUCCAAGUGGACGACCGCCGCUAGACAACCUCUUAGCGCCGCUGUCAGAAAGUGACGACAUUGAAGAACCUCGGCGGAGCAUCCCAGACACGGAAGGUGACGACAUGCAGUUGAAAACUUCUGAAAGAGCGGCGAGGAACAAGACGUCAGGAACGCGUAAAAAACAUUGCACCUGCUCAGUUUGUGGUAAAGGAGUCGCUAAUAAAACAAAAUUGGUCAGACACAUGAGGACACACACAGGGAAAAAAGCCUUCAGUUGCUCACAUUGUGGUAAAGAAUUUUCUCAAAAGGGAUCACUGGUGGAACACGUGAGAAUACACACGGGAGAGAAACCCUUCAAAUGCUCAGUGUGCAGUAAAACGUUCUCGCAAAAAGGAAGUAUGCAAGCACACAUGAGAAUGCACACGGGAGAAAAACCCUUUAAGUGCUCACAUUGCGGGAAAGAAUUUGCUCAGAAGGGAACGAUGCUCGGACACGUGCGUCUACACACAGGAGAAAAACCUUUUAGUUGCUCAUUUUGCAGUCGAACAUUCUGCCAGAAGGGAAGUAUGCUAUCACACAUGAGAAAACACACGGGGGAAAAACCUUUCAGUUGCUCAACUUGUGGCCGAACCUUCUCUCAUAGAGCGGCGAUGGCGACACACAUGAGAAGACACACGGGAGAAAAACCUUACAGUUGCUCGACUUGUGGUAAAAUCUUCUCCCAAAAGCAACAUCUGGUAUCGCACACGAGAACGCACACGGGAGAGAAACCUUAUAGUUGCUCCACUUGUGGUAAAAUGUUCUCUCAAAAGCCACAUCUGGCAACACACAUGCGAACACACACGGGGGAAAAACUGUUCAAUUGCUCUGUUUGUGGUAAAUCAUUCUCUCAAAAAGGUGGGAUGCAAUCACACAUGAGUAAACACACGGAAGAAAAACUCUACAGUUGCUCAAUUUGUGAUCAAACAUUCUCUCAAAUGAACCAUGUGGUCACACAUAUGAGCAUUCACACGGGAAGACCCUUGAGUUGCCCAGCAUGUGGUGAAAGCUAUGCUCACAAGGGCAGUUUGAUUGAGCACAUGCGAAAACACAGCACAGAGACGGAAUAAAAAGUCAUGAGAUGAAAACAUGCAGUAUCAUUUUUUUCAAUGUGUACUCAACAUGUAAAUAGCAUGUACGGUUCAAAAGGCAUUAAAAACAUUCAUCUUUCACUGCAA